AUGGACGGAAUCACAAGCAACUGGGGUGCAAGCAGCGGGAGGUCGUCAGCAGGCGGCAAGACAGGCGCAGACGCGCCGGAUGGUCACGGGGACGAAAAUGGGCGGGCGGACGGCGGCGGCGGGCUGCUGAGCGAUGUGCUGGUGUCGGACGCGAUGGCCAAGAACUCGCGGCAGCUGCUGCACGCGCACAUCUACAACUACCUGGUGCACAACAAGCACCACGAGACGGCGAAGCGGUUUCUGAAGGAGGCGGACGUGCCACUGUCGAAGGUGAUCCCGGACGGGACGAUGGACGGGCAGCAGCUGCUGUACGCGCGGAUGCUGAUGAACUCGCCAGAGACGUUUCUGCUGGAGUGGUGGGAGUCGCUGUGGGCGCUGCACGAGCUGGUGGAGAGCCAGCCGGUGGAGGCGCUGAUGCUGAACCGCACGUUCAACGAGCGGAUCACGCCGAUCCUGCCGCAGCACAUGCUGGUGCCGGCGCAAGCGGCGCCGGGGCUGGCGCACCAGCAGCCGCCGUACAUGGCACAGCCGCCGCACGCGCCGCAGGCGCAGGCGCGGCCCGCGCAGCACAUGCAGUUGCCGCAGGCGGCCGGGCGGCCGGGGCCGCGCCAGGUGUUGCCGCAACAGCAGGGCCACAGCCCGCACCUGAUGGGCAUGGGCAUGUACACACAGCCGUCGCCAACGCAGGCGCAGGCGCCAGUUCAGCCCUCGCCGGAGUCGCAGCCGUUCCAGCAGCAACAGCGGCAGCAACCGCAUCACACAAGCAUGGGCGUGCCCCUGCAGUCAUCAGGUCAACACGUGGGCCAGCCGGCACUGUCUCAUUCUCCUACGGCACCAAUUAGCCGGAAUCCACAAUUGCAACAGGGAGCCCCUAUUCAGAAAAGUGCGGGCAGGCAAUUCCCGAGCUCGGGCGGUGUGCCUAAUCUGAGUUCGUCUCCAUACAAUCCACCGAGUAGUAUGCAGGCAGUGCAGUACUCUCCAAUGUACCCGCAGUCACCGAUGAUGCUGAAUAUGAACCAACCGGUGAAUAUGCAUUCGCAGCAAACGCGUGCACAACAGCCUCAGAACAACGUCAACCACUCUAGUAGCGUUGGCGGCACUGGGCCACCAAUGGAUCCGAUGGUAGCAUAUAUACAACAGCAACAGCAACAGCAGCAGCAAUCACAGUCACAACAACAACAACAGCAGCAGCAGCAGCAGCCGCAGUCGCAGCCGCAACAACAACAGCAGCAGCAGCAGUCGCAGCCGCAGCCGCAGCAAAAACCACAACAAACACAACCACAGCAGCAGCAGCAGCAAACACAACAACAAACACCACCACCACAACAAACACCACCACAACAACAAGCACCACCUACUCUACAAAAACCAAAGCCACAGCAAUCACAGCAGCAACAGCAACAACAAUCAUCACCAUCACAACCACAACAUCAUCAGCAACCCCAAGCACUACCACCCGCGCCACUACCACAAGCACCAGAACCAGCACAGCAACAUUCGCAACAACCUCAACCUCAACAACAACCCCAGGCGCAACAGGCAAAAUCACCUUCGCAGCAGCAUCAUCAACAGCAAGCGCAAGCGCAAGCACAACAGCAGCAGGAUUCACAACAGGAAGCACCGCAAACACACACACAGAUACAAGCACAAGCACAAGCACAAGCACACGCACACGCACACGCACAAGCACAAGCACACGCACAAGCACAAGCACACGCACAAGCACAAGCACAAGCACAAGCACAAGCACAAGCACAAGCACAAGCACAAGCACAAGCACACGCACAAGCACAAGCACAAGCACAAGCACAGUCACAGUCACAGUCGCAGCCACAAGCACAAGUACAAGCACAAUCUCAGGCAGCACAAGCACAAGCACAAAAUCAGGCGCAGCAGACCCAAGUACCCCCUCCACAGCAUGCGCAGCAACAGCUACAAUCGCAGCCUCAGCAAUUGAAGAAGAAUAUUCAACUUCAGGAGAUGCAGCAGCUACAUGCCCAGCAGAUGGUAUACCAAAUGCAAAGUCAACAACAGCGACAGGUAUCUAAUAUCCAAAAGCGCCCCCGCAGGCCAAAGCGGGAAUCACCUCAAAGGAUAUUGGAAUCGCCCAAGAAGAAGGGCCAUCUCUCGGUUCCGGCGAUGCCGGCGAUGGCUAGCUUGACUGCGAGUACAGGCCCGGGCUCGAGUCAGCUGAAAAAAAUGAUGCCAAACAACUUAGAGAAGAUAGAAAUUAAAGGCCAGAAAACCAACACUCAGCAAGCCCAGCUCAACUGGACCAAGCUACAGCAACAACAGCUGCAACAACAGGUACAACAAAAACAGGAGCAACAUCAGGAUGAGCUUGAGCAACAGCAUCAACAACAACAUCAAGAAAAAGAGCAAGAGCAGCAUCAACAGCAGCAUACACCAAAUCAUCAGUUGCAGCUGGACAAACAAUCUCAAGAUCAACUGCAACAGAAGUCCAAUAUUGAGGGCGGGACGGAGGCACAGCCGCAACAACAAACCCCACAAAGCGCUACGCCUCAACCCCGCCAGCUCUCUCAGCACCAGAUACAAGCGCACCAACAACUAUCGCAUGAUACCAAAGCAGAGGAGCAGUCUCUCACUGAGCAUCAAAAGGCUGAAGAAGCUACUCCCAAAAGAGUGCAGCAGGUCCAGUUUACGCAGGCGUCCCUGCAUAUUCAGCCUUCGGCCAUGAUCCGGGAUGACCAUAUGGUACAGGAGUCCGAGAAGGAGCAGGAACCUCAAAGUCAAAAGCAUCAUCUUCAUCAUCCGAACAAUCAGCAGCAAUUGACGGAUCCCACGCCGGCUAGGGGUCAGCCGCCACCACAAUUACAUCCAGAACAGCAGCAAAGAAAGCAGGGGUCGCCCAUCCGAACAUCACAGCCGCAGGGACAGGCAUCGCAUCUGAAGCAGCCAUUACGGAAACCAUCGCAUCAGUCACACAAUCAGCCAUCGUACCUCGCCCAGAACAUGUCCCAGAGCCAGGGCCUGCAGCAGCUGGAUUUUAUGAACCCAAUGUCUAUGAUCCCACCGGUUCGGGCUGCAACGGCGGGCAAUAUCUCCGUACAGCCCAUCGCCGAAUCGUCAUCAGCCGCUAGCCAGCACCACGUGAUGUCAACUCCUUAUGGGCCUGCGGGUGUUAACCCAGAAGUCGAUGGGCUCGAUCCUCUUUUUUUCCAGCAGCAGGUGCGCUUUCCAGGCUCCAUCUUAGACCCUGCCAUGUUCAAGACUCCGGCAUACGCACAGCUCUCGUCACAGGCAAGUAGGAAAAAUCCACCGGAUAACGUCUCCGAUAAAAAAGGUCGUAAGCAGACAGGUGCGUCCUUUCAGCCUGCGCAGGACGGUCUGCAGUCUGUUCAGGACAUGAACACCAUCUUGCCUGACACUUCUUCGCAAGAUCGAGCCGAGGACCAAAGCCUCAGUACGCCUCUGAACAUGGACAUGGAUUUGGACCACUUCGAUAUCACCGUCUUUAACAAUGACUUUAUGGGCUCGUGGAAGUGA